AUGACGCGCUUUCGCCCCUGCAUAGACCUUCAUGCCGGCCAGGUGAAGCAGAUUGUGGGCGGGACCCUGGACAGCUCAUCGACGGCCCUCCAGACAAACCAUGUGUCCCAGCAUUCGGCGGAAUACUUUGCCCGGCUAUACAGAGACAAUGAGCUCGAGGGCGCUCAUGUGAUUAUGCUGGGAGGGGGAAACGAUGUCACUGCGAAAGAGGCGUUGAAGGCAUGGCCUGGUGGUCUGCAGGUGGGCGGUGGCAUCAAUGACAAGAAUGCGAAGGAGUGGAUUGAUGCGGGAGCAGAAAAGAUUAUCAUCACAUCGUACCUCUUUCCAGAUGGCCACUUCAGCCAGGAGAGACUAGAUGCUGUCUUGGGAGCUCUUGGCGGAGAUACGAGCAAGCUGGUAAUUGAUCUCAGCUGCCGUCGCCAAGGACACAAGUGGUUUGUUGCCAUGAACAAAUGGCAGACAUUGACAGAUAUGGAAAUCAACCAAGAAUCAAUACAGUCAUUAGAGCCAUACUGCUCAGAAUUUUUAAUCCACGCCGCAGACAACGAGGGGCUACAAAGGGGAAUAGACGAGCAGCUGGUUGAGCGCCUGGCAGGGUGGUGUUCUAUUCCGGUCACAUAUGCCGGCGGAGGACGGCACUUGGAAGAUUUGGAAACAGUCAAGCAGCUCAGCCGGGGUAAAGUAGAUCUCACGAUAGGGAGUGCCUUGGACUGUUUUGGUGGGUCUGGCGUCAAGUUUGAUGAUUGCGUGCAGUGGAAUAAGAGCCAGGGUGCCUGACGGAUGGGGGAGAGGCUGGAUGGAUGAGAAGAAAACAUGAAAACAUUCGGUUUGUUGACACACAAAAAAACAUGUGAAGUUGACCCGACGCUAAUGGUUUUGGUGCGUCGAUGGAGUUUCAAUAUAUUCCCAUACAGAGCAUGCCGUGUUACCAGAGAGAUAGCAGCAGCAGUAGCCGUAAAUUAAGUGCCUACUAAGCAGUUCGUAUAAAAAUAGAGUUUUAUCACGUCGGAGCAAACAAAAUUAUCUACAGGGACUGCAAUGUUGCUGCGUGGUGGAUUGACCUCGUGGAAGAUCCGAGUGGAUCAAGGAGGUCCGUAAUACGCACGUACCAGACACAACGUGCACAAUUCUGACAAGGCCAGCCAGGGCAGGAAAUUGAUGGCUCAAGCUUCGUAUUCACAAAGGCAGGCCCUUUUUCUCGGUAACCAUGGCGUUGCCGUGUUUCACAGCCGCCUGCAGGUAAUGAUUGUAAUAAGACGGAGUAAUAACACAAAUAAAAGGAGUAAGUCGCACGACUAGUAAUCGCACGGGUCAAUGCAAAAUGAGAGAGGGAGCAAAAGUAAACAAAGGGAAAAAGGAAAGAAUUGGAAGCGAAAAGAAAACACCACAGCUACUGCACAGUACCUGUAAUGGUUGCGCGCGAGCACUCGCUGCAUGAACACCAGACCCGAAAAAAGAAAGUAAAAAAAAAUAGAUGGAUCAACAGACGAAGGAAGACCGAAAAGG